AUGACUAUUUCACCUGAACUUAAACUUUUUAUAUCAGAUAAUAUUGAUUUACUUCCACGAGAGAUUUACAAGCGGCUUGUUGAACGUGGUUUAGACCUUAAUAUUCGUCAAAAACAGAUACAUUAUUGGUGGACAGCAAUUGGGCAGCAUAGAUACAAACGAGAUGAAGAUCCUUUUAUUUCUGCUCAAAAAUGGCUUAAAGAAGAUUCAUAUCAUGUUAUAUUUCAAAAAAAUUGUCCAAAUUCCCUUGGUUUUUUAACAGAAUUAUGGAAUGUGUUGAAGAAUUCUCAAUUCAAAAUACAUGAAAUUGGAGUUGAUGCUACAUAUAAUACGAAUAAUUUAAAGUUUGAGUUGUAUGUAGUACAUGCUGAAAUCGAUGGCAUGGGAUUUCCAUUGGCAUAUUUGUUCAUGGAGAAUAAUGGAAAUUGCGGCAAUGGAAUACGUACUGGAAUCUUAAUUGACUUCCUGAUACAACUAAAAGAACGGGAUUAG